GUCGGGAAAACAUGCAAUCAACAAAUGAUAACCUCUUUUCGACGCACUGCACGUGUCGUUUCGUUGUUUGUGCGUGAUUUUAGAGUCGUAAUUUACACACAGUGCCCGAAAUUAGGCCAUCGCACUAAUUUAUGUACGAUUACUAUACGUAAACUGGGUAUAAUUUGAAUAAUCAGUGCGUAAUUUGUUGUAAAAAUGACGGAAGUGAUACAACCCGGUGCGGAGGUCCAUUCGAAGAAAAAGAAGAAAAGUAAAGAGACCGUGUCCUUAGGGACGUUUCAAAAGCUUCAAGACUUCAAGAUCGAGCCAUCAGAGAGCGUGAGCAAGCUUGAUACUGCUUACUGGCCUUUGUUAUUGAAGAAUUUCGAUCGACUCAAUGUGCGCACUAAUCAUUACACGCCGCUGCCAUUUGGGCACUCGCCCCUGAAGCGUCCUAUCGGCGAAUAUAUUAAGUGUGGCUUCAUUAAUGUUGACAAACCGAGCAACCCGAGCUCUCACGAAGUGGUAUCAUGGAUAAAACGCAUCCUUAAAGUAGAAAAAACUGGUCAUUCUGGUACACUUGACCCGAAAGUCACUGGAUGUCUUAUAGUUUGCAUAGAUCGAGCCACUCGUCUUGUAAAGUCGCAGCAGAACGCUGGUAAGGAGUAUGUGGCAGUUUUCAAUCUUCAUUCUGCUGUAGACGGAAUAAAAAAGGUCACUCAAGGUCUGGAGAAGCUUCGAGGUGCUUUAUUUCAACGUCCUCCACUUAUAUCAGCUGUAAAACGCCAGCUCCGUGUCCGCAGCGUUUAUGACAGUAAACUCCUCGAUUAUGAUCAUGAACGGAAUAUUGGUGUGUUCUGGGUGAGUUGCGAAGCCGGUUCAUACAUUCGUACAAUGUGUGUACAUCUGGGUCUAAUGCUCGGUGUAGGGGGACAGAUGAUUGAGCUGAGACGUGUCCGUUCUGGUAUCCAAGGGGAGAAGGAAGGAAUGGUUACGAUGCAUGAUAUUUUAGAUGCUCAAUGGGCUUUUGAAAAUCACAAAGAUGAAACUUACCUGCGACGUGUCAUAAAACCCCUGGAAGGCUUACUAGUCGCUCACAAAAGAAUUUUUAUCAAGGACAGUGCUGUAAACGCUGUGUGCUACGGUGCAAAAGUCCUCUUACCUGGUAUUUUAAGGUAUGAAGAUGGCAUUGAAAUUGACCAAGAAAUUGUAAUAGUCACUACGAAAGGUGAAGCUGUAGCAUUGGCUGUUGCUUUGAUGACAACUUCAACCAUGGCAUCUUGUGACCAUGGAGUCGCAGCCAAAUUGAAGAGAGUAAUCAUGGAAAGAGAUACAUACCCAAGAAAAUGGGGCCUUGGUCCUAAAGCAUCGCAGAAAAAAUCUUUGAUCCAACAAGGGAAACUUGAUAAGUUUGGUAAACCAAAUGAAAAUACACCAGCAGAAUGGUUGAACAGUUAUGUAGAUUACCGAAAAGGAAAGAAAGAUGAUGCUAAUGGGGACAUUGAAGAAGAGGGCAGUAGGAAACGGACAGCAAGCACAGCAAAUGCUGAUGAUCUUAACAACUCAUUGGAAUUGAAAUCGGAGAAGAAGAAAAAGAAGAAGAAGCGUGAUUCGGAAGCCGGAGAGUCAUCACAUGAAGUAACAAUGGAUGCAGAUGCUAAAUCAGAAGCAGAUGAUUCAAUUCGCAAAGAAAAAAAGAAGAAGAAGAAGAAGGACAAAGAUCAUGAAAGACAAGAGUAAAACAAAAAUCAUACUUAGGUUGUUUUUAAUUGUACCCUGUUUUUGGAGGGUAAAUUUUAUGAUAUUGGACGAGGAUGUGCAUUAUCUUUAAGAAGACAAAUUCAUUAUAUUACAUACAUUAUAUAUAAAUAAGGGCCACCCACGUCUAGCAACUCAUCGGGCAAAUGGGCCUUAAAUCACUUUUAAAUAUCAACUCUCAUUUGCAAUCACGUUGCAAAUUAGAAAGCUAAAAUAGUACAGUGCUAGCAACUGACCUGUGUGUACAUCUCCGUAUAUUCCAAAAAUAUUCAGUAUUCAUUAUAAUAAUAUAAUAAUAUGUCUCACAGUGGGGGCUGUUCCAUUCAGUGGUGUGGGAAAAACAGCAGAAUCACUACAAUUUCAGAACAAGACCCGUCAAUGUAUAGCUUGGUAUGCUGUGUCGUAUCGUGUCAUGAUAGGAGCGCUGCAACUGCGUUUAUAUUUAAAAACUGCAGCUUCAGCUUCAAUGUGGUUCCACUGCAGUGCUUCCAUAUGUGUCGUAAUAUUUGGGGUUAUUCCUACCCAAAGGCGGUAACCUAUCACAGUUGAAAAUUUUUUUUACUGAAAUAAUGUUUGUUUGAAUUUUCAUUACACCGAAAACCGAAUUAUAACGAAACAGUUGUUCUUUCAGGAUAUGUUGAAUGUUUAUAGCAAAGACACAAUUAGGUUCGGUUAGGUUAGGCUAAGUUACGUUUAAAAGAAAAAACAUUUUCCUCCGUGGUUUUGAAAUUUCUACCAAACCUUAUUUCUGGAAAAUGUCAUUUCAGACUACUGAUAGGUAACUGCUGUAAUCGUUGAUCGGUACUUAAUGAUAUACAUUCCAAUGUUUUCUUUAUGUUGUACAAAUUUUUAUUGACAUCUGUGUCUUUGUGCCAUGAAAUUUCAGGACAUUAUGUCGAUAAACACGAAAGUUAUAAGGUUUUGAUAUAUACAGAGAGAAACCUAGCUUUAUUUGUCUUUCAGCUACAGAAUCCUAAAAAUAGUGAUAACUCUUCUUUACUGCUAAUGCACAUUUUGUACAUUAUUAUAAUAUCAAAAAUAGAUCUUAAGAAAUUAUUUUCAACAAGCAAAGGACCUUUAGUUCUUGUUUAACUUUUGUUUGAA